GAUAUCUAAUUCCGGGUCCAGAGGUGGUGCAUCCGACACUGGGCCCAAUGGAAGCCUCAAUGGUGGGAGAGGCGGGACCAGACCUACGGACGCCGAAGAGCGGUCGGCGCCUCAAGGGCCGGAAAGAUGGCCGUCCUAGCACCUUUAAUUGCUCUAGUGUAUUCAGUGCCGCGACUUUCACGAUGGCUGGCCCGACCUUACUACCUUCUGUCAGCCCUGCUCUCUGCUGCCUUUGUACUCGUGAGGAAGCUGCCUCCUGUCUGCCACAGUCUCCCUACGCAACGCGAAGACGGUAACCCGUGUGACUUUGACUGGAGAGAAGUAGAGAUCCUGAUGUUCCUCAGUGCCAUUGUAAUGAUGAAGAACCGCAGAUCCAUCACUGUGGAGCAACAUAUCGGCAACAUCUUCAUGUUUAGUAAAGUGGCCAAUGCGAUUCUUUUCUUCCGCCUGGAUAUUCGCGUGGGCCUGCUUUAUCUCACGCUCUGCAUAGUGUUCCUGAUGACAUGCAAACCCCCAUUGUAUAUGGGCCCUGAGUACAUCAAGUACUUCAAUGAUAAAACCAUUGAUGAAGAGCUGGAGCAGGACAAGAGGGUCACUUGGAUCGUGGAGUUCUUUGCCAAUUGGUCUAAUGACUGCCAGUCAUUUGCUCCUAUCUACGCUGAUCUGUCCCUCAAGUACAACUGUACAGGGCUAAGUUUUGGGAAGGUGGACGUUGGACGCUACACUGAUGUUAGUACACGGUACCAAGUGAGCAUGUCACCCCUCACCAAGCAGCUCCCUACCCUGAUCCUAUUCCAAGGUGGAAAGGAGGUCAUGCGGCGGCCACAGAUUGACAAAAAAGGACGAGCUGUCUCUUGGACUUUCUCUGAGGAGAAUGUGAUCCGAGAAUUCAACUUGAAUGAGCUAUAUCAACGGGCCAAGAAGCUGUCAAAGGCUGGAGAUAAUAUCCCCGAGGAGCACCCUGUGGCCCCAGUGCCCACUGCAGUGCCAGAUGAGGAGAGCAAGAAGGACAAAUAGGAUCCCUGCCUCCAGUACUUCAUCUCCUGUCAAUCCCAGGCACCUCUGAGGCCCUGCCCUUUCUGUAGCCACAAGCGUUGCCUGACGACUUGGCCUUUUUUUUUUCUUUCCCUGUUUGGCUCUGCCCAGGAGGGGCAGGAUAUUGCUUCUGAUUUUUAAGAGGCAUCCAGGGAAAUGACAGGUAUCCUCCAGGAAGGCCUCUACUGCUGUGGUCUGCUAUUUGACUGGAAGGAGGGAAAGAUCUUAUAUGGUGGAGGGGGAAAUGCUUUCCUUCCAAGCUUGGGCCAGUGUGUCAACUGCUGUGUGCUGCCCACACGUCUCCAUCACACGCUGGUUUCAUUAUUCCUCAUAGUGGAUAUACACAGCCUGCUUAGAUUAGAUUAAACCCUAACAUAACAGGCCAAGAUGCAGAGUUAGUGCUAAGAUUUUUCCCUCAAGACUCUUGCUUCUUUAAGCCCUUUUGGCUUGGUCUGUGGCCUAUAUUUAAAAAGUAUAAGCCUGUCACUGGUCCCAAGGAGAAACCUUUAACCACGGAGUUUUCUCAUUGAAGAUAGUAUUGAAUUAUCUCCCUAUUUUAUGGAGAUUGGGAGGAAGGGGAAUAGAAGUUUGAGACUUCCUUUGUGUGGUGGGCCCUGGAGGAGAAAGCCCCUGGGCAGGGUCUCACUCACCCUCCUACGUCCUCCCCACACCCAGUUGAUGGUUUUCCAUAAUAAAGAGGCUGGGAUUUACUUUUGA